UCUGUUGACAGGACGUUGCGCGCACCGUUGUUCUCGUGUUCGAAAUUUAAAAUCACGCGGGAUGUGUCAUGAUACAGAUUAAAUAUUUUUGCAUAUAUUGUGGUGUGUGUGUGAAAUGAUUAGGAGAGGAAUUUAAGUGGACCGGUGAUGUGCGUUUAGUUAUUUGGAAUUAUAAGAAUGUUCAAACCACGAAAAUCAAGAUAGCAUCGAGAAAAAAUCAUACAUAAUGACUAUAAACUUGCGUGCGAAAUGUGAAAAGCAAAUGUGACGUUCGUGCCAAAACAAUGUAUUGCUGUAAAGAACUAAAACUACUCUAUGCCAUUGUUGUUCUAUUAUUAGAAGCUGAAUUGUUAGUGAACAUAGGUGCUAUGGAGUCGAAGAGGUCUUCCAUACUCGUAACUCAAAAUCCGGAUGAUUUGAAGGCGUUAGAACUAUGUACGACCCGAAAUCAACAGAGGCUUGGCAGUGUCUUUGGGAAUUUUACAAGGCAUCACAAAAAAGGUCAUAGGAGAAGAACAACAUCCACCAGCACAACAACAGAAACAACAAUGCACUCGACAACAGAUAUUGAAACAGAAUUCACAAGUGAAUAUAGCACAGCAUAUCCAAAGUUACCUAAACCAUUAAGACUAAGUUUAGACAUUGACUAUGAUGUACAUAACAUAAAUCUAGAAAACGAUCAUCAAAGGCAUAAGCACGAUACUUUAGAUAGAGAAUUAGAAUUAGAAAUGGAUGAAACAGUUUUAUCUAAAACAUUCAAUAAGGCUAAAAAAAUGUAUAGAGACUCAGCCGCAUCUGCCGUUAAUAAAUUAAGUGCUAAAACUAGUAAGAAUGGUAUAUUUUUGACUGACAACUGCACGACAGUUAUAGCCCAAAUUGGAACAACGGCUAUAUUACACUGUGAAGUUAGUGAUAUUACGGAAAAUACGGUGACCUGGAUUCGGCGGAAAGACUACUCACUGCUAUCUGUCGGUCUCGUUACGUACAGCGCUGAUAACAGGUUUUUCUCCGCUCAUGGACGACAUGUUAAGGAUUGGGCGUUACAUAUCCGGUUUGCGACAUCAGCGGAUGGGGGCUACUACGAGUGCCAGGUCCCCACACAUCCGCCAACGAGCAUUUUCUUCAAACUUGUACUAGUGGCUGCCUAUGCAGAAAUUGUGGGUGAAUCAGAAAAGAUAAUUCAUGAGGGUUCCAUGCUGAAGCUGGUCUGCGUCGUGAAAAGGUCUACUGAACCACCUUCUUACGUCUUCUGGUAUUUCGAGAACAGAAUGAUAAAUUAUGAUUUAAAUGGCGUGAGUGUCCACAAUGGCAGGCACACAAGUGAGCUAGUUAUUGGUAAAGCAGAACCUCGUCACGCCGGCAACUACACUUGCGUACCAGCCAACGCGCGCGCAGCGUCUGUAACUGUACAUGUAGUACAAAGCGAAACACCAGCGGCUAUGCAACACGGCAACAACUACGCAACAAAGAAUAUCCACUAUUUAAAACUUUUACUUACGGUGUUAUCAUUGAGAAUUAUAAUUCAGAAAAUCUCCCACGAGUUUGGAUAACGAUUUUAUAUUAUUUAAUUGCUAUAAUUUACAAACGUCUUUGGGAAUAUGUUCAUUAUUUUUCUCAACUUUCAUUUCGGAACCGGAGAGAUCUGAGGAAACAUCUUAUUUGGAGUGUAUUGAUUGUAUAGUGUUUAUUUAUGUAAUUGCCAUUUAUCGUUCAUAUGUUAUUGUGUCUUAUGUUAAAGUUUGACGUCAUAAAGACAUGCGUAUAAAACAUAUUGGAUUUGACAUAUAGAAGUUAUGAUUAGCACUAAGACUUUCAUACGCCAUAUGGACGAAUGGACUGUAUUUGUAUCUUAAUAAUAAUUUCGAUGAAAUUACUUUUCCUUUUUUUUUAUUUCAACUAGGUGUUUCGAGGUUUUCUUACUUUAAUAUACCUAUUUUAAUUAAAUAAAAUACUUGUUUGAUAAAAGGUCAUUUGUAGUACUUUAAUAACUGUAUAUAAUUAUAGUUAUAUGGAAAUGUAAAAUAUAAGAAUAUUAAUAGAUGUAAAUACAUACACUCGUGACUUAUAUAGCUGAAGUAUUUAUUAAAGAUCAAUGUUAGAAAAAAAUUAUCAUUCAUUUUUAGAAUAUAUUUAAGAUUGUUUAAUGAUUUUUUAUACUGUAUUCAUAAUGAAAUCGUUUACUAAUGAAAAACUUCUACAUCUGUAUUAAUCUGCUAUUAACACAUAUUUUGUAAAAAAAUAGAGUACAUGUUGUUCUUCAUAAAUAAGUUAUAUAAUGUACAGUUAAAAUAUGUCACCUUGAAUCAUUUUGUAUAUAAUACACGACAAUAAAGUAAUUUAGCUUUCAAUAUAAUCUGGUUGAAAAUACUAAGAAUUAUUCGUGAAACUGAGUCAAGACAAUUAUAUUUCUCGAUUCGUCUUAAUUUUGAACAAAAUAUUUUCAUUUUAGCUGAGUAAAAUUUUUAUCUGCCAAUGUCAGCAUUUUAUACUUUAUUUAAGAAUGUUAAGGGUUCAGCAGUAACCGAAAAUAUAUGAGACACCAUUUGGUCGACAGUAUUCAAAGAAGUUAAGUUUUCGUAAAGCCUUAUCUAAGAAAGUAUACCGAAAAAGUACAAUAAUGUUAAAUUAUGUAAAUACUAUGAAAACUAUGUAAAGGAAAUGUAAAAUAAUUGU